GCAACUGCACUGUUGUGGCCACAUGUACAUGUACAUAUAUCUCCAUAACGCCCGCGUCACGCAUCGUUCUUGUUAUUCGAAGGAAGCAUCAGCAAGCUGUCGAUCGUUAGGCUUUGCUAGUUCAGUGCAGUUGCAUAUUAAAAAAGAACUAGGCCUAUUUCUUCGUCUUGCUGCGAUUUUCCGUUUUUCAUCAGGGUUGAAGUCUUCAAGCAUUCAGAAUGGAGUUUGGAGGCAAGUUUGUGUACAUGAAGAAGCAGAGGAAGAGAGAAGAGGAGGAGAAAGACAAGGAAGAGAUGGCCGAUGAUGAGAAUGAGGAGAUUACUGAGGAAGAUUUGAUCCUUGGACUCAAGACAUGCUCUCCUCUCUCUGCUGAUGAUGGAAAGACAUGCAUGCUGGACAUUUUGGAUACGGCAGGACAGGAGGAGUACUCGUCAGUCAGAGACAUGUAUGCUCGGAGUGGAGAUUGCUUCAUAAUCGUGUAUGCCAUCGAUGACCGGAAGUCAUUUGAGGAGGCACUCAGAAUCUACAAAUGGGCCUUGCGCUUGAGAAGUGUGGACAGACUCCCUUCGAUUCUUUGUGGUAACAAAAGCGACCUGGCCGAUGUAAGGGAGGUACCGACUGACGAAGCUGAGAAGUAUGCCAGGGACAACAACAUGGCAUUCAUGGAGACCUCGGCCAAGACUGGAGAGAAUGUGAAGGAGGCAUUCCAAGCCUUGAUUCGCUGCACGCCGAGGACUGGUGUCAGUUACAAGGUGGUUGUUUUAGGAGCUGGCGGGGUGGGCAAGUCCUCCAUUACCAUCCGUUUCGUCAGCAAUCAGUUUGUGACAGACUACGACCCCACCAUUGAGGACACGUACAUGAAGGAAGUUGUGGUGGAUGGCAUACCCGCCGAGAUGCUGAAGGCUGAGGAAACUCAAUCAGUGCCCCCUCCCCCUCCCCCUCGGGUGAAGAAAGCAGGCAGUGUUUUGGGCUCCUUUUUCAACCGUCGAAGCGCGCACAGAAAGAAUGUUCAGCACCAGCCAGCACAGCAGCAGUCGGCCCCACUCCCCCGAGUGCAGUCAAGGGCCCCGGCAGCCCACAAUGCCAAGAAAAAGAAGAUGGUGUACCGCAAGGCGGACUCUAACAUUGUGCUGCUGCCCUUGGGCAACCUUGCCAACGAGCCCACGGUGGUGACCGGGGACCCGGUGCUUUGCGGUGAGUGCCAGUCAGUGCUUUCUCACAUCUCCAAGCUGGAUCACACUGAAGCAGAAGGAGACGGCACAAGAAAGUGGAAGUGUGAGUUUUGCAGUCGUGUCAACGAGGGACUGGAUAUCGUCGAAGAGGAGAUUCCGAAAGAGAAGAGUGUGGACUACCUGCUGGAGGCAGCGCCAGAGAAGGCUGCCGAGGGCGAUGCUGAUGGAGCUAGCCAGCUCAAAGUCACUGGUACCUUGGUGUAUUGCAUUGAUAUCAGUGGAUCCAUGGCGGCCACUACCCAGAUCUCAGCUCUGCAGUCUGAAUGGAUGGCAUUGCAGGGACAAGGCCAGGGUGGGCCUAUGUACGUGACGAGGCUGGAAUGCAUGAAAAUGGCAGUCAAGAGACAGCUAGAGCGCUAUGAACUGGAGCACCCCGACAAGAAGAUCAUGCUGGUGACCUUCAGCCAUGACGUGACGGUGUACGGCGAUGGCAGCCAGGUACCGACCACCAUCACAGGCCAGAAGCUGAAAGAGACAGCCGUCCUGCUGAGGGAGGGACAGGAGUUAGCGGCGCAGUUCAACGUGAGGCAGCUGAGUGAAUCAUCAAGCUUUCUGAAGGCCAAAGUAGAAGGACUGAAUGAAGGUGGUUCCACAGCCCUCGGCCCAGCCUUAGCCGUAAGCCUGGGACUCCUUGCCAAACAGCCGGGCUCGGAGAUCGUGCUAUGCACCGACGGCAUGCCCAACGAGGGAGUGGGCUCGCUGCAGGGCAAUCGCUACGACUCGGAGUUCUACAGUGAAGCGGGCCGCAUUGCCGAAGAGCAGCAGACAACCAUCUCCAUCAUCGGUAUCCAGACCGACAACCACUGUGCCUUUGAGCAAGUCAGCAAGUGCGUCUCCAUCUCGUCGGGGACAGUCAACAUCCUGAACCCCCACGAACUGACCCGACAGAUCCGCCAGCUGGGACAGGAUAAGGUGGUGGCUACCAACGUGGAGGUCACCCUCAUGCUCCACCCGACCCUGCAGUUUGACCCUGAGACCGAAGGAAAACAGGCUGAGGGAAAGAGUAAGAUUGUGAAGAACUAUGGCAACGUUCAACAGUCUACUGACCUGACCUUUGGCUUCCAGCUGCGGCCAGAAAUCAGUGACUCGGAACUGACCAAACUACCGUUCCAGGUCCAGAUCAAGUACACCAAAUCAGACGGACGUCGUUUCUUGCGUAUUGUCACAGAGGAGCGAGAGACCACUACUGACAGAGACCAGAUGGAACAGAAUUUGAAUGCUGCUGUCACCUCCGUAGCUGCUAUGCGUCAGGCAGCGCUGUACGCCGAGCAGAACCAGACUGAGAAAGCACGGCUUCACUUGUACUCCAAUUCUCGCUUCUUGACGCGACAAACCACCAGUGAUGAUCAGAGAGAAUCUGCUGCCAAUUACUUGGCUGCUGCAUCAGACUUUGACGAAGUGCUGCAACAAAGGGCAACUUCAGCCUUGUUAGGAGCCUCCUUAGAUAUGGCUCAUACAAAAGUCAGCAAGUCCAAGAAAGCAAACCUUCAGGCCUUCAAGCCAGCCAAAUCCAAGGGCAGUUUUGCAGCAAAGACCCGGUCGGUGCCCAAGUCCAUCAGUGACCAGUAUUAUGGCAUCAAGUCAGAUGACAUCAUCAAGAAGAAAUAAAUGCGUGCAUGUGUUGUGGGAACCAGCUACUGGCAUGCUUAUACGAAUAGGCUGUGUACCUGUGGUAGCACCAUGCUCAUGGGUGUUUACAUUGUGUCAUUUGGAAACAGUGAUAGUUGUAUAAAAACGGAAAGUUACAAACACUUGCCCUGGGGGGUAGCUUCGUUUAACAUUUAUAUUUAAGUCUGAAAUACGUCACUGGGGUGAAUUUGUGUGCAGCUGUAAGUCAGGGUUUCAUAAGCGGACUAGCUUUUCCUGUUUAGUGACAUGCAUUGUCAGACGGACUGCUAUGAUGACCAUUCCCCGUCACAUUUGGACCCAUUUGUCAGGUCAAGCUAUUCUACUGAAUUGUCAUUGCCAUAUUGUUCUCGUUUCCAUGUGUAAGCCUUGUGAUAAUUCUGGCAGUUAUCAAGAUAGACGGGGAGUCACACUAUGUGGAUCUGUAGUUGCUGUGUACAGGAACCAGUGACACUAACAGGGAUAUGUGGAUCUGCAGUUACUGGUUUGGGGAACCAGUGACACUAUUGGCGAUAUGUGGAUCUGCAGUUACUGGUUUGGGGAACCAGCGACACUAUUGGCAGUAUGUGGAUCUGCAGUUACUGGUUUGGGGAACCAGCGACACUAUUGGCAGUAUGUGGAUCUGCAGUUACUGGUUUGGGGAACCAGUGACACUAUUGGCAGUAUGUGGAUCUGCAGUUACUGGUUUGGGGAACCAGUGACACUAUUGGCAGUAUGUGGAUCUGCAGUUACUGGUUUGGGGAACCAGUGACACUAUUGGCAGUAUGUGGAUCUGCAGUUACUGGUUUGGGGAACCAGCGACACUAUUGGCAGUAUGUGGAUCUGCAGUUAGUGUAUAGGGAAAGUAGUGACACUAAUGGUAGCUAAAAUGUUUCCCAAAUAUUUACAGAGUAAAAUAAACAUCUUUCAGUUACAGAAAAAACAUAAGCACAAAAGAAAAGAAGACCUAGUAAAAAUUUGAACACUAUGACAAAUUCUAAAGAUUCACAACAUAGAAACCAUUCCUUAUGUUUCUGCCCCAAUCUUUGCCACACAGUGUAAUUGUGCAAGUGUUUUCAGCUUUGGAGUAACUUUAAAUAGUUUGAAAUGGUUUAGUUCUGUACAAGCAUGUGCAAAAGGGUUUUCUUGACAGAAUGUGUCAAACAUCAUAGAGUUCAUUUUUAUGUGGAUAUAGAAAGGCAUAAAUUUUAAAAUAAUUUUUUUUUUGAAAAUAUUUCAUUUCAUCUACCUUCAAAUCAAAGAUAUAGAUGUGCUUGUUUAUAUAUGUAUACAAUUAGAAUCAGUCUUUCAUCUUUAGUUCAGUCAGUCUUGAAUAUCAGGACUGUGUAAGAAAGCAUUUAAUCAUAUCAGGCUGCGGCCUUGAAUGUAAUGACGCUACAUCUUGGCCGUCACUGAGAGAUUUUUAAUUGGGCAUCACCGGAUUAAAAAGAAAAAGCCCUUAGUAUACUGGCCUUGACUAAGGCUAUUCACCUGUUUCUUAGCAAGCAAAAACAGCCACUGUUGUCACCUCCCCUUUCAUGCCUUAACUGGCAUAGUAUCAUGCAACUCAUUGGCUACCUGCCUAACCACCAUACAUACACCUUGGUACAUGUACCAACUGGGCUAUUUACUGGCGUGUCUAGUCGUCUGACUGACCAUGCUGGUCACACAAUCAGUGUUUUUCUCUCUCUCAGCUUCAGACAAUGGUAAUUUAGUGCACAGGUUAGGACAGUUUCUUGCCACAGUAACGCAAUUCAGUCAUAUUUACAACCCAGUCUGGUGGUGGCAUGCCGUACCCCACAAAAGCAUUCAAGCUCAGCAUUUUUGAGCUGGACCAUGUUUUAGUUUCAGUGAAUACAGAUUAGGGUUUUCUCAUAAGUGUAAGAUGUAAACAGCUCAGUGGCGAUGAGCACAUGAUAUCCUUUACCGGUAUGUACAGUCUGGUUUUUUUUUAAAUGACCAAUGGAAAACAGUCGUUUUCGGUCACAUUACCCACAGUCACCUGCUCAGCUGAUACAGAAAAGUCCUCAUUUGGGAGGGGAUUGCAGCUAACUUUCAAUCCCAGCAUGAUGAAUUUACAUACAGAGGGAUACCAGGUAAUGAUAGUUAUUGUGCAAGUUCAGAACACCGUCAUGUAACAGUACUUAUGCACCUUUGUGGCUGCAAAAUUGUGACACCAUACUGGCAUGGGUGUUGUAUAAAACACGUCUGGACUUGCAGUGAUCUGUGUACAAAUAGUGAAUGUUCACGAGUGGAGUGGUACGAAUGAUUUCAUGAGGUGAUGGAAAUAUUCUAUUCCACGAGGCAAAGCUGUGUAAUGGAACAAUGUCAUCUCUCAUUGAACAAAAUCAUUCUUACUAUUGCAAGAAUGUGAAACUUUAUUUAUACAAUACCUGCAUAAGUCCUCUUCUGUUCGGAAAAAAAAAUUGAACGAUCCUCAUGUAUUACAUCCGUUUAUUUGCAAAACAAAUUUGCGUCUGAAGCACCACCCACUGGGAGUGUGGUUAGAUUGUUCCCAUCCUGCAUUAUUUUCCUCUUUCUUUCUAUGAAUGAAAUACAUGUAUUUCAAGGCAAGUGAAAUGAAGUUCUGUGUAACCCGUUGACUAGAAUAAUUCAAUGACGUGAUCAACAAUUCACCAAUCAGACGACAGGGAUUUUGCAGGUAUUGCAUAAUAAACAGUGAGCCACCUUCUGUAUUAGCUUUGUAUUUGGCACAAUCAGAUGACCGCCAGUGACUUCAAUGACCCGUGUAGACCGAUCAAGGGCAUUGUCAGUCCUGACUAUUUAUAUGGGACCUGUUUGUUUCACAUGGGUGUGGAUCACCAUCGGUAAUCUGAUGGUGAUUCACUGAUGCCAGAACCCACCUGAUGGAUAGUGUGAACCAGCUUUGGGAUCCCUGAUUGAGAUCCAGUUCAGUGUGAAACAGGUCCAUAAUGUCUGUGUGGAUAUCCAUGGUCACAAGCCCCCUUUUUGCAUACUGAAAAAAAAGGACAGUAUUAAGACGUGAUUUAGGUUUUAGGGGAGCAACAACUUUUUUUUAUUAUAUUCAGAGAAUGAUAAAUAUAAGAAAAGGUUAACUGAAAUUGAUAGAUACUGAUGAUAGUUGCACACUGGAAAUCUAACAUAACAAAUUAACCGUUUUUAUUUUCAAUACUAUACAAACUAUAUAACAACCAUAUAUUCAUAGUACAGAAACAUAGUAAUCGAAAUAUACAAGAAGUGCCUACAAAUGUGUAGGUAAGUGUAAAUGGUGAAUAAAGUUCCAGAUGUAUGUAUUUUGGUCUUUA